UUUGCCCCCAAGGAAUUAAAAAGACCGAGAGAAGUCCUUAAACGCGGAAAUGGCGCAAUAAAGUUGAUUGACUUUACUUACACACACACACACACACACACAGACAGACUACACACUCUUCUUUUCUCUUCCAUGGACAUGAAAGCGAAUGCAACGACCAAGUUAACCCUCAGAACCACUUUCCUCUAAAUCCCACCAUCUUCUUCCUCGAAAUUUCUCCUAACAUUUCCAUAUCAUUCAAUCCCCAAGCUUUCUGAUUCCUCUUCCUUUCAUGACCGACAAUCACCCUCCCACUCCCUUCUCCUCUUCAUUUCUCCAUCCACGCCAUGUCCUGCCAAUCCAACUGUGUUCCCACCACCCCUUCUCAUUUUCAAGUUUGUACUUCACUCUGUUCUCCUAAAUGUUCCGGUCUCUGUUUUGGCCUCCCUAAAGUUCCUAUUGUCGUUUUGCCUCGCUCCCAGCCACGCCCACCGCUGCCGCCUCCUCUCCCUCUCCCUCAGCUUCCGUCUUCCAUCGUUCCUCCCCAAACCCAUACCCCAGGAAGGUCCACUCUACUUCUUCUCAGUUUGAUCACUACAGCAACUCUGGUCGCCGCCAUCUUCAUGCUUUGUCUUCUUUUCAAGAAAUUUAGGGAGUAUCGUAAUUCAAGACAUAAUCGUCUCCCGGUUCUGUUUGAUGUUCAAGGUGAGAAUCUACCCGAUAGCGAUGAAGAAGAACCCGUUAUCGACCACCACGUUUGGUACAUCAACACCGUUGGUCUUCAGCAAUCGGUUAUCGAUUCAAUCACUAUGUUCAAGUACAGGAAGGAUGAGAAAUUAAUCGACGGUUCAGACUGCUCCAUCUGUCUCGGCGAGUUUCAAGACGAUGAGAGCCUUCGACUGUUACCAAAAUGCAGCCAUGCCUUUCAUGUUCCCUGCAUCGAUACGUGGUUGAGAUCGCACAAAAACUGUCCCCUCUGUCGCGCUCCUGUGCUGUCCGAUUCCGUCGCCCCAAGUUUAGCCCCCAUCGAACCGAUUAGGAGGAACCAGCCAGAGCCGAUCGAGAACACCCAAAUGGAAACAGAGACCAUCGAGGAAGAAAACGGAGUAGAUGAAAAUAGUGGAGAAGUGCGUAGAGAAAAUUCCGAAAUUCUCAUUAAAAGGUUGUCUCGGACUUUAAGCAAUUUGAAUCAAAAUAGUGAGGCUGUUGAAGACGAAGGACAGGGACUAAGAAGGUCGGUUUCUAUGGAUUCAGUUUCAGCAAAGGCUAUUUAUCAAGUCACGGCCAAAAUACAAAUUCCAGAAGAAGGGUGUUCGUCAAAUGGAACAUUAAUGGAAGUGAAGGAUUCAGUUUCUUCUAAAAAUCUUGGGAAUCAGAGCCUGUAUAAUCUGGUGAAGAGUAUUUCAUUUGGGCAUUCUAUGCAGAAAGGAGGGAUUUCAAUAAAAAGAUUCAGUUCAGGAAGAAGGAAGUUACAAUGGGCCAGACAUUACAGAAGCCAGAGCUCGGUCCUUCCGAUGUGAGAGAGGAAGAAAUCUUAAAAAUGGCUGGGAAAAUCAACAUCUUCUCUCUAGAGUUUCAAGAAGCUGUUCUGUUUUUGUUGUAUGUGUAUGAAGCUGCAGGAAACUCUUAGGCUGUUUCUGUUCCGUUCUGUUUGGGGUUCUUAAGGUAGUUUACGAAUAGAAUCAAUGAAGAAGAAGGCUCAUGAUUUUGAAUGAAUUAUGGAUGACUGAAGUUGGGUGUUACUGUUAAUUAAUAGAAACAAAGAAAAAAAAAAUAAGAAAAACAACAAAUUUUGGCUAUACUUCCCUACACAUUAUGCUACUUCUUGUACAUGUAACAUAUCUCGACUUCAACCAGUAAUUUAUACAAUAAGAUUAAGUGACUAUGAGAUUAUAUAA